AUGUCAUUGGCUGGUCCAACAGAAACAAAUCUAGGUGGACAUUUCCGCGGCACGGCCAUCGAAAAUGGCAGGAGUUCCUCAAAAUGGGAGGGCAGCAGCCCAGGUGUUCCCAGGAACAGUGAUGCUUCUGACAAGAGUGUUGAUUACAGCAGAUCUCGGUGCUCCUGCAGAAGCCCAGACUCCCACUGCGAUUAUUCAGAAGACUUUCUGUCUGAGUUCUCAGAAACCACAGCUAGGAACAACUACUUAGAGAAGCCUACAGUAAAACAAAAGAAGGAGAAGAAGAAGUAUAAUGUUUCUAAAAUCUCCCAACCUAAAGGCCAGAAGGAAAUCUCGGUUGGAAAAAAGCGCAGCUGGAACUUACCAUUUCUCAACUCUCAUAUCAGUGUCGCUGCCCAGCGACGUGAUGCCAUGGCCCACCGCAUCCUGUCAGCGAGGCUUCAUAAGAUCAAAGAACUGAAGAAUGAGUUAGCUGAUCUGCACCACAAAGUAGAGGCCACAGUCAUAGAAAACCAAUUUCUGAAACAAGUCCAGCUUAAGCACUUGAAAGCUAUAGGAAAAUAUGAGAAUUCACAAAAUAAUCUACCUCAAAUUAUGGCCAAACAUCAGAACGAAGUGAAAAAUUUAAGACAGCUCCUCAGGAAAUCCCAGGGAAAGGAAAGAGCCGUGUCAAGGAAACUGAGAGAGACGGACGGUGAGCUGCUGAGGACAAAAGAUGCCUUGCAGGCCCUGCAGAAGAUUUCUGAAGACAAGAGUCUUGCAGAGAGGGAAGAGCUCACUCAGAGAUUGUCCAUUCUUACAGCAAAGAUGGAGGCAAACGACAAAAAGAUACAGAGCUUGGAGAAACAAUUGAGGCUGAACCAUAAAGCCUUUACUCGGCAGCUGACCUUUGAGAACCGGAAGACCUUAGCAGCUCAGGCUGCCACAAAGACUCUGCAGAUGGAAGUAAAACAUCUUCAACAAAAACUUAAGGAGAAGGAUCGAGAGCUCGAAAUUAGAAACAUCUAUACUAACCGGAUACUCAGAAAUUUACAUGACAAAGAAGAUUAUCCAAAAGUUUCUUCAACAAAGUCAGUACAAGCAGACAGGAAAAGUUUUCCAUUUACAAGUAUGCGACACCAGGAAACCCAAAAAUCGGAAGAUAUUCCAUCUUGGACAAGUAAGAGCAAAAAGACAACAGGAAACAAUGGUCAUAAAGAAAAAUCUAUUGAAAUAAUCCAUGCAAUUACUCCCUGUAUCAGCAAACUACCAAACCAAGAGGAUUCCAAGAGAAAAUAUGAAGACUUAUCCAAGGAAGAGCAAAAUUUGGAAGCACAACCGUCUCUGAAGAAUACUGGACAACAGAGAGAGAGAACAGAAAAUCAAGAAACGAAGGCCACUUUAGUGAAAGAAGAACAGGAACUACCACCAAAAAGAAUUCAAGUAAUCCAUCCCGAAGGGGAAGGUGGUCAGGAAGAUGAUACAGAAAAAGACAAGUUUAAAGGAAGUCCAGAAAUCAGCGACAUGGGUGAUAUGCCAGAUAAAAAUGCUGCUCCAAAUAUCAAAAUACCCUUCAGACAAAGAAAGCAUUAUUCAUUCACAGAAGCAAUCGAAAACCUGCAUCACGGGCUUCCUGCCUCAGGCGGGCUGGCCAAUGCUGGCAGCAUAAGACACACUCAUAGCACAGGCAAGCACCACAGUCACUCGGAAGAAAUGAAGCCGGAGCAUCCUCCCAUCGCCUACGAACCCUCCUUCGCUAAAUCUUCCAGAACAAACGCAAAAGACACAACUUUCAGGGAGAAGAAAAGCCAUCUAAUGGAGGAACUCUUUGGGUCAGGCUAUGUCUUAAAAAACAACCAAACAAGUACUACUGUUAUGAAAGAGCCUGAGGAGACUUUGCAGACUACGAAGAUGCAUCAUCUACCCGCUAGCCAGGCAUCCGCCAGCAAUGGUUUUGGAGAUUCUAGAGUAACCGUAGUAAAUUCUAUUAAGUCAUCUUCACCCACAGAAGGAAAGAGAAAGAUAAUUAUUUAA